AUGCCGGGCCGCCUCACAGUCCAGCGGCCUACGCCGACAACCGUCAGCUUCACCGUCUCCAAUGCGCCGCGGCGAUCCAGUUCCCCCGCGAAGGUCCUCUUUGGCCUCGAGAUCCUCCUACGGGCUUUGCUUUUCUGCUGUGUAAUAGUGGUAGGCAUUACACGGCUACGACGACAUUUCUUUGAGAAGGGGAGCUUGUUUAUCAUAUCAUGGGAAGAUGUAUGGUCAAGUUCUCUCGGAGCGCAUGUCUGCCGCCGGGUGGACUCUUACAACCCCUGGGUGACUGCUAUCGUCAGUGCAUUGGUGCUAUACGGAGUCUUCAGAAGGGGCUAUACUGAGGAAUCCCUCCUGGUCAUUCGAGGCUUUGGAAUCCAGACAUCCACAUCAUCCUCCACCUAUCUCUCAACAGCUGCGACAAGAUUUAUCCCUACUACGCAGAUCCAGGACAUUGUCAUUCAUGAGGCCUUCAAAGGAUUCGAGGUCCGUUUCUAUCUGGCUGUCAUUGUGGAGGGUGAGCCCGGUGUCUUGGUGGUCUUUCCUCAAAUGCUUCCCAAACGAGAGAUUCUAGAGGAAGUCUGGAGAGGUUCUCGACGCUGUCUUUACGACGCGAAGUCCUGA